AUGGCUCCUGCUCAACUUCUCUCCUCCUUUCUCUUUACUUCUUUGCUGCUGCUUUUGUUCAUCUCUCCUUCCAUUUGUUAUAGGCCUGUUAAUGAUAAGAAAGUCAACCUGUCUCUGUACUACGAAGCUCUUUGUCCAGGUUAUCAGUACUUCAUUACUGAUGGCAAUGGCUUAAUCAAGCUCUUCAAAGAAGAUGGACUCAUCGACAUUGUUAAUCUUCGGUUUGUUCCCUGGGGCAAUGCUGAACUUAAACAAAAUGACACCAUCGUUUGCCAGCAUGGAGAAGAGGAAUGCUACUACAAUACUAUUUAUGCAUGUAUCAUACAUGCGUUACCUGAUACGUUUGAGCAUUCCAUGAUGAUUUAUUGCAUGGAAUACAUGUUAAAAGCAAACAACUCUGGAUAUCGUGGAAGUGAAGUAUGGCGAGAAUGUGCUAAGGCAUUACUGUAUCCUCAGGAACCCAUUCAGAAAUGUUUUGAAAGUGGAUUGGGAAAACAGCUUGAGCUGGCUUAUGGUAAAGAAACUGAUAAUCUCUAUCCACCUCUUGAAUUUCACACCAUGGGUGGUUGUCAAUGGUCAACCUCUGGAAAACUAUAUGGAUUACAUUUGUUAUAUCUGCAAGGCUUACAAGGGGAAAAACCAACCAAAAGUAUGCCGUAA